AUGGGUAGAUUGUUGAGAUGUUUGCAUGAGAUGGCUAAAUUGGAAACUCAGGAAAUGAACUGGCUGAGCCAGGUUUGGUGGGGUUUGGAGUUGUAUAUGGGGGUUAGUAAUUUGGUGUUGCGAUCUUAUUUGGCUGGAGUCUUAUAUAUGCAGAGAUGGGGGUUAAAUAGUCAAGAGAAGGUGUUGGGCUGGGGGUGGAUGGGGUGUAUUGGGGUACUAAUGGUUGGGCCGGGGUUGUACUCAAUGGUUAUUUCUGGUUGGAACUUGAUUAUGACGUGUGAGGCGGAUAGUACUAGUAAACGGGUGUCUGAUAUGUACUCUUUAUGGAUGGUGGUGUUUAUUUAUUCCAUGAUGAGUAUUCCCAUGGUUUUGUUUCGUUGUUGGAUUGCUUUGUUGUUAUUGUUUGGUCUGAUUGCGGUUAAAGAAAGUGAAUGGAUGUUAUUUAUUGGAUUGUUGCCUAAUUUGGUAAUUAAGAUAAGAGGGGGCGGUGUUCUGAUAAGAUCGCUUUGGAAUAAACGUCGAAGUAACUCCAAAACUGCGUAUGGGUUGGCAUUGGCUAAUAAGAUCAUAGACGUUUGCUCAUUGGGUAUGUGCUUAGAUCUGCUGGUUCAUGAGAUGCCUUGGAAGUUUGGAAGGAGUUAG